AUGACCUCAAAAGUACAAUUCAGAACCAGAGAAAUACACUCGGGCAUCGUCAUCAAGCGAUCUCCUCCCGAAUGUGGUGUGGUACAAGUGAGUCACGGCGCUAAUCGCAGCAACUCAAGUUCAACGCCCUUUAAGACCUGCCUGCGAGAGGUGCGAAGUUCUGCCGCGACAUUCGAGGAAUUUGUUCGGAAACGCUCGCCCUUGAAUGGAGUGCGAGGGCGAGUGAAGGAGGCUCUUACAGCGCAGGAAAACAGGACUUACGAUGGAAGAGCAAGGAUCUCGACGCAGAAGGAAGAGAAAGGAAGGAAUCGUGGCAGGAAUUCCUCGGGUCUCAUUCCGGCCCUGGACUUGAUUAUCAUCUCUCGAGAUCCUUCAUGUCUUAAGUCUCGAGAGAUCCUCAGUCUUAAAGUCUCUGAUCCUCAUGUCUUCUUCGAAAAUUAUACAUUCUUCGAUCGAGCCUUCGGAAGCGAGUCCCUUGGUAAGGCGAAGUCUGCUCCUUCUCCGGGGUUUCCGAAGCCAGGAAAGCGGCUUGACGAGUCGAGCACGAGCCGGAUCCGCUCGAAGACUCAAGCCGCAGGUCGGAGAGUCGCCAGCGUCCUGCAGAAGAUUGGCUUAACGCAGAGCAUCGGGGAAGGACAGAGUGUGAGUGACGUUGAAGCCGCGGGACACAGCGGAGAGUGUGUUAGAGGGGCAGAAGGACUUUCCGAAAGGGCAAGUCCCCUUCGGUGCCCAGUAGAAGGAAACUAUUGGCCGCAGUCUUCUUUAUCAAGGUCACAGGAACCCGAUUAUCCCGAGCCAGGCUUGCUCAAGCCGAAAGAGUUGGCCCAUCAAAGCCCAAAAGCUGGAAACUCACACCCCGAGAAGGCUCACGGCGGCCUCAACGGCACGGCCCCGCCGCGCUACAACAGUUCUCAGCUCCAGGAGAUCCUCUACGGCGGCCCGGAUGCCCCGCCGCACCAGCCCCGAGCGCCGGCGUACCCCUUCGACGACCCUGGCGGGAGUCUAGCCCCGGGAGAUAAGAUGGCGACAACCCGUCACAUGUCGCUCUUGGAGAGGAAGAAGAAGCAGUGGGAAGAAGAGAGAGCCUUCCUGAACGGCGGAGGCUGCGGCUUUUGGGGCCGGCAAGCCCCCUCGGAGCCCAAGCGCGCCCCUCUGCCGACGGAUAAGCCCCCAGAUAGUUACACGCCGCAGCAUGAGGCACAGCAGCAGCAGCAACAACAGCAGCAAACACAAUUGCAGCAGCACCAUCAACAGCAGCAGCAGCAGCAACAGUACAUGCAACAGGAGCUGCAACAGCAAUAUGUCUACCAGAGAGAACAGCAGCUGCAGCAGGCACAGCAGCCUCAGCAGCAGGCGUACCACAGCCCGCAGCCGCCCCCGCAGAGUCAGCAGGCUCUGGUGGCUUACCCCCCACCGGGUCUCAGGGAGAGCGGCCCCCACCCCUCUGUAGCGCCCCCUACGGCCCCCUCGCACGCCCAAACAGCCCAAUCUAUGCCCCAAACGCCAUACCAGUACCCCUUUUAUCUGCCCAUGCAGCAGCUGCCAAUGGGCAUGGGGAACCUUAACGGAGCUCCUGUAUACCUGGUGAUGCCUCCUGGCUCGGGGCCUUCUGCGGCCGGAGGAGGGAUGCCCUCCGGACACGCCGGCGCCCCUGGCUUCCUGCCGGAGUUCCUCAGGAAUUUCCAGUUCCCUUCCGACCAGGGCGGGGCAACCAUCUACGAACUGCCCGAAGGAGGACAUUACAACAGGAAUCAUCUGGAUGAAUUCCGAGGGGGGCCAUUUGAUUUGUGUUGA